AUUUUCGCGAUUCUCACACGAUCUAGACUCUAGUCUCUAGUGUCUACUGUCGAGUCUCUAAUGGGUUCUUCUCCGCCCCGCAUUCUUCUCUCCGGAGACGUCUAUGGCCGCCUCUCUCUGCUUUUCAAACGCGUUGUCUCGGUAAACAAAUCAGCAGGACCCUUCGAUGCUUUGUUUUGCGUGGGUCAAUUCUUCCCGGACUCAACACAACAACUGGAGGAAUUUAUGGAAUACAUUUCGGGGCAACGAGAUAUCCCUAUACCCACCUAUUUUAUCGGUGAUUAUGGCGUUGGUGCACCUAAAGUUCUUUCUACAGUAGUUAGAGACCCUGCUAAUCAAGGGUUUAUGAUGGAUGGUUUAAGGGUUUGUCAUAAUUUGUUUUGGUUGAAAGGCGGUGGAAAAUUCACAAUUUUUGGGUUGUCUGUGGCAUACUUAUCUGGUAGGCAAUCAGCAAGCGGACAACAAUUUGGAACAUAUAGUCAGGACGAUGUGGAUGGUUUGAGGGCAUUAGCUGAGGAUCCUGGAAUUUUUGACUUGUUUCUGACUAAUGAAUGGCCUAGUGGGGUUACAAAUAUGGCUGCAGCCAAUGAUAUACCCCCUGGAAUAUCUGAUUCUCUUGGUGGUGAUUCUACUGUAGCAGAGUUGGUAGCAGAGAUUAAGCCUCGCUAUCACAUUACAGGUUCAAAGGCGGUCUUCUAUGCUCGUGAACCAUACUCUAAUGUUGAUGCUGUGCAUGUAACCCGUUUCUUUGGCCUUGCUCCCGUAGGAAAUAAAGAGAAGCAGAAAUUUCUGCAUGCAAUUUCUCCAACUCCAGCCUCAACGAUGUCAGCAAUAGAAAUAAGCAACAAACCUCCCAAUACAACUCCGUCUCCAUACAAAGUUGUUGAUAACACACCUAGCCGAGUGACGACCAAAAGACCAGGUGACAGUACUCUUGAAGAGCAAUAUUGGCGUUAUGAUGUGAAAAAACAAAAGCAAGGGGAUGGUAAUACAGAAAAGCUGUGUUUUAAAUAUUUGUCAUCUGGUACAUGCCCUCGAGGAGACAAUUGUCAUUUUCGGCAUGAUGAUGAAGCAAGAGAGCAAUAUGCUAGAGGAGUAUGUUUUGAUUUUCUUAACAAAGGAAAAUGUGAAAGGGGUCCUGAGUGUCACUUUAAGCAUAGCUUAGUUGAAGAAGGUGAAAGUAUUACCAAUAGGAGAUCCCGAUCUCAAAAUGCAAGCGCUAACAGGUCACGAGAAUGCUGGUUUUGUUUGUCAAGCCCCAGUGUGGAGUCCCAUUUAAUCAUUUCUGUUACAGAACACUUGUACUGUGCAUUAGCAAAAGGUCCACUGGUUGAUGAUCAUGUGCUGUUAAUACCAGUGGAGCAUUCUCCAAAUACUUUGUCUCUACCUUCAGAUUGUCAAAAAGAACUCCAUAAGUAUCAGAGCUGUCUUCGAAUGUUCGGAAAAACUCAAAGGAAAGAGUUCAUUUUCUUUGAGUUGAUAUCUAAACGGAGCACUCAUGCUAAUCUCCAGGCACUUCCUAUCCCACAGUCCAAAGCAUCUUCUGUGAAAAGCAUAUUCAACUUGGCUGCUAAAAAAUUGGGAUUUGAUUUUGAGGCAAUUAUGGGUGAUGAUGUUUCUGAAGCAAGAGAAUUGUUGAAAGCAAGGUUUGAUGGAGUAUCCGGGUUUUUCUACGUGGAGCUUCAUGAUGGAACUAUACUGGGACAUACUAUAGAUGAGAAUGAAAACUUCCCUGUUCAAUUCGGUCGUGAGGUAAUGGCCGGCCUGCUCAAAAUGCCCGAUAAGGCUGACUGGAGGAAUUGUAAGCUUAGCAAAGACGAAGAGGCGAAAUUGGUGGAAGAUUUUAAGUUGCAAUUCAAGAAUUUUGAUCCCAGUGAAGAUGCCUGAUUUGGAGCUUAGAAUAGCAUCUUGAAGAUGCACAAUACCGUAGGCUUAGAAGGCACAUCGGUCAUUCGUAUCUUCAAAAUUAGAUCUCAUUGAUCUUUCUUCAAUAUUCGUGCUUGGGCAUCUUCAACUCCCAUGCUUUCAGUACAGAUGGCUUUCUAAUGUUCACAUGUACGAGUAUCAGAUAUCCUUGUUGCUGCCUUCCGCAUUUGUUGGAAUAUGUGCACCAUGAAAGCGGCACUGCUCUUAAGUCGUCGUUGAUUGCUGCGACUGAGCUUGGACUGUAACCUUCAUUCAUUUUACGUGUUCAUCGAAUCAAUUUGAUAGAAAUAUAUGGCGUUGGCUUGCAGUAGACUUGAUUUACUAGCUGAGUUUUGUUUGUAUUUUUCCAUGAUCUAAUACUGUAGCGUGAAAGAAUAUUUUUUUUGAAAUUGUUGUGAGAACUGAGAAGAAUUGUAAGGGUUUCCCAUAAAGAUGGAACAAUAAUUUAACUAAAUUAACUAACACCAUAUAUGCCUAAUUGCGUUAACAUUGCUGUUCACGUGUAAAAAUAUAUUGUAGAUUUUAACUUCUUUUGGAAUAUAGGGUAGGAUGAGAGAAAGUGAGAGUUAGAUGAGAUUCGAACUUAAGACUAUGUCUGAAAAAAGAGGUAUUUGUUUUCAAGGAAAUUCAUA